GUGGAAGCGAGGUCGAGCCUGGGCCGACCGCCGACCGCCGCAGUCUCGUGUUGGCUGGGAGGUCCAAGAUGCUACUUCGGCUACAACCUGUCCAGAAAUCUCAGAUCCAAACAUGGUUCAUCUCCCUCCGCAAAAGUUAGGCCAUGGCGACGCUCCUCCCGCUGCCACUGCCGUUCCCCGUCCCGAUGUCCGAGCCAGAUUUGGCUUCCGCCUGGGCAUGGCAUGGAAUACACACCGACAAGCCAGGCGCCAUCUCGUCCCAUCUGCCCCGAUAUCCGGGGUGAGGCAUCUAUCUAUUCCCACGCCGGGUUUAUGCACACCGUAGGCCCGGUGUCAAAGUACCAGUACUUCAGGGGAGGCCGACCCUUUCUCCAUCUCGCCCACUCUGGUCGGGACCUCCCUGAGCCCAGAUGGAGGAGCCUACGCCAGAACGUCCAUACCUGGAGCAUGAGACACCGUGAGACAAGGCUGUGUUCGUUAGAGGUAAAUGUCGAAUUCCUCUUGCGACUAGACCACCCCCUGGCACCGCAUGCUCAGAGCGGCAUCGUGUCCUCAUGGCCACGAGCGCCGAGCCCCAACCCCAUGAGGCCCACGAAGCCUUGCCACGCCGGCACGCCCUACCACAUGCUUUCGAUGCUGAUGCUUGCACGUCCACGGAAAGAUGAUCUUUGAUCUGCAUCCGCGUUUCAGACCUGAAGCAUUUGCGGUCUGCUAAACAAGCGGUGGAGCUUGGGUUGCUUCAAGAUGAUGAAGCCCAAUUGAUCCCUCCCAAUGCCCCUGCAUCUCUGACGUCUCUCGGAUGGUGCUGACGAAGCUUCUAUGUAUUCAAUCUCGGACGGAUUGCU